AUGUUCUCCCGUGCUGUCCGCCCGGCCGUGCGGGCUGGCAGUGCUGCGGUGACCCGCACUGCUCCGCCCAAUGCCGCCAACUUCGCGACUCUUCGUGAGAUUGAGGGCCGCCUCAAGUCCAUCAAGAACAUCCAGAAGAUCACCAACACCAUGAAGAUCGUUGCAUCCACCCGUCUCACUCGUGCCCAGAAGGCCAUGGACGAGUCCCGCGCCUACGGUCAGACCUCCAACGCCGUCUUCGAGAAUGCCGAGACCAAGCCGCUGGACGAGAAGAAGACUCUGUUCGUGGUCGCCAGUUCCGACAAGGGUCUUUGCGGUGGUAUCCACUCUAGUCUGAGCAAGGCUACUCGCCGCCUGAUCGAGACUACCCCGAACUCCGACAUUGUCAUCCUCGGGGAGAAGGCCAAGGCGAAGCUCUCCUCGGUCGCCGCCGACAAGAUCCUCUUGAGCUUCUCCAAUGUCUGCAAGGAUAUCCCCACCUUUGCCGAUGCCCAGGCCAUCGCCGACCAGAUCUCUCUGCUUCCCGCCGACUACGCCAGCGUCAAGAUUGUCUACAACAAGUUCGUCAACGCCCAGACCUACGAAGCCACCACCGUUGAGGCGUACUCCGAGGAGGCCAUUACCGAGUCCCCCAACAUCUCCGCUUUCGAGAUUGAUGACGAGGCUCUGGCCAGCCUGCGCGAAUACUCUCUUGCCAACAACCUGUUCUGGGCCAUGGCCGAGGGCCACGCCUGCGAGAUUUCUGCCCGUCGCAAUGCCAUGGAGAAUGCCUCCAACAACGCUGGUGACAUGAUCAACCGAUUCCAGAUCCUGUACAACCGUCAGCGCCAGGCCACGAUUACUGGUGAGCUGGUCGAGAUUAUCACCGGUGCCACUGCCAGUGAGGAUAUGUAA